ACUACGGACAGUUUGAUCGUCGCACAAGGAGGAAACGUGUAUGGACGACAUUGUAGGCGUUUGUGAAGAGCAAUCAUGUAUAGAAUACUACUAUUGUCCGUCUGUCCGGUUAGAAAUCGUGCAUUACCUGUGUACAUCCGCGAGGCAUGGUUAAGGUCGUCGAAAUGUGGUAUGGUUUUACUGCCCAUUUGCAGAGCUACGAAUGGAGGGGUCUUCAAUGCAUUUGGCACAAGUUCUGUCAUCCACUGUGAAAAGAAAGAGGGGCCUCUCCCUCCCAAGGAAGAAAAUAGUGCAUUGAAGGAUGGUGAGCAGAAGGUAGCAGUAAAGAUGGUUGGAGAGAAGGUCAUAGAGCUACAAGAUUAUGUAAAAAUGGUAGCAGAACAGAGCGAGCAGAGAGUAGGGGUGAAAAUGGAGGGAGUAACAGAGAGUGUCAAAAUGGAAGAAAUUCUUAUACAAACAGAAGAGAUUGAGAAAAAACUAGAAUCAAAGGUGGAGGCAGCAAAGGCGAGUGAGAAAAUCAAAGAAAAAAUCCAGAUUAAAACAGAGGUUGAGCCAAUUCUCGAGGUAAGAAUGGAGGCUGUAAAGGAGAGCAACAUAGAGGAAAUUCCAGUUAAGAUGGAUAGUGAGAAAAUGGAAGAAAUCCAGAAUAAAACAGCACUUUUGCCCAUUCCAGAAGUAAAGCUGGAGGAUGUAAAGGAGAUUGAGGAAAUGAAAGAAAUCAUGUUAGCCAGUAAAACAGAGGAGGUUAAACAAAAGCUAGAAGUAACAAUGGCGGUAGUAAAGGAGGGUGAAACAAUUGUUGAGAUCCAGGUUAAAACUGAAGAUGUUGUAGAUGUAAAGAAAGAGGGAGACAAAGUUGUAGAGGAGCAGAUGUUAGAGGUCAAUAAGGAGGAACAACAGACAGAAGCCCCCCCCAAGGAUGAAAUUCAGCCUGUGAAGAGUGGGAAGGAGAGUCUGCUGGACCUCCUGGGGGCCAUGAAGGUCGAGGUGACCAACAAAAGGAAGUUUAAGCCCUUAAAGGUGCAGAGGACCUCUGAGACUGCUGCCAGGCCCAUGCCAGCAGCUAUGGAGAGCACCACCAGUAUGUUCCAGGAGGCCACUGGCAUGGCUGACGUACCAGCACCUGCCCCAAGUGAGACACUGAGCCCUGAGCUGGUUGCUGCUGUCUCUGCUGCUGCAGCUACUUUACCUAACCAAAGCCAGGCUGAGUCAGAGCUGCUGAAGAAGCUGAGGCAACAUGAAGCUAUCGGAGAGGCACAGAAGAACGGGGACGUCAACAACAUUGGGGUUAUCAUUGCUGACAUGAAGGUCGGGAAGAAGCCCAAUGGCAGGCAGAACGCCCGGCCGGCCAAUCAGAUCCGCUUUGAUGAAGAUGGGAGGGGCUACACCCAUGAUAGAGGCAUCACUGCAGAGUUGGAUGGUGGAUUACGGAGGAGGAGAAGUCUAUUUUCAGGGAAAAGGCUGAACAUCUUCACCCCGAGCACUGAACCAGAGGCAGACACAGAUAUAGCUGUUCCGACCCUAUGGGACAUGGAGUUAGCCGAUCAAGUGGCCCUGUCAACCAAUCAAAUGCCUCGUAAUGGCUUUGAGGAGAUGAUCCAGUGGACCAAAGAGGGCAGGCUGUGGCAGUAUCCAAUUAACAAUGAAGCUGGUCUUGAGGCGGAGGCCCAGGUGCCCUUCCAUGAGCACGUGUUCCUGGAGAAACACCUGGAGGAAGGCUUCCCACGCCAGGGACCUGUCAGACACUUCAUGGAGCUGGUGGUCUCGGGCCUGGCUAAAAAUCCCUACUACACAAUACAGCAAAAGAGAGAACAUAUAGCCUGGUUCAGGGACUACUUUCAGCAGAAAGAGGAGGUCCUCAAGGAGGCAGAGGUUUACCUCAACUGAACUGUGUUGGCAAAAUUGAAGAGAAACACAAUCUUUAAGUAAUUUAUGAUCACACAAAUGCUAACAUGGGAUUUAAGGGUUGUAGACUCCUAUGGCAUGACAGCCUUGUCUCAGGGCUAGGGUGAUCAGUAUACUAAAACAAUAAUGACAGACACACCCCCCUCCUGAAAACUGUCACUCAAGAGAUUGGAUGGUAUUUUCCCAUGAGAGAACCAAUGGAGAUGGUUAACAGAGACCUUGGUAUAGCCCUUAAUCGGAUACACCAUGUAUUGCUUUGGUUGUUCAGAGACUCUUUAACUAUACACACCGUGCCGUUUCUCUACCUUGACAAUUCCACUGUUGGUGUCUGAUCAAGGAGAAGUACACUGCUCAAAAAAAUGAAGGGAACACUAAAAUAACACAUCCUAGAUCUGAAUGAAUGAAAUAUUCUUAUUAAAUACUUUUUUCUUUACAUAGUUGAAUUUGCUGACAACAAAAUCACAGGUCUGGAUUUGGAGUCACACUCAAAAUUAAAGUGGAAAACCAUACUACAGGCUGAUCCAACUUUGAUGUAAUGUCCUUAAAACAAGUCAAAAUGAGGCUCAGUAGUGUGUGUGGCCUCCACGUGCCUGUAUGACCUCCCUACAAUGCCUGGGUAUGCUCCCGAUGAGGUGGCGGAUGGUCUCCUGAGGGAUCUCCUCCCAGACCUGGACUAAAGCGUUGGUGAAAGUGUUGGUGGAUGGAGCGAGACAUGUCCCAGAUGUGCUCAAUUGGAUUCAGGUCUGGGGAACGGGCGGGCCAGUCCAUAGCAUCAAUGCCUUCCUCUUGCAGGAACUGCUGACACUCCAGCCACAUGAGGUCUAGCAUUGUCUUGCAUUAGGAGGAACCCAGGGCCAACCGCACCAGCAUAUGGUCUCACAAGGGGUCUGAGGAUCUCAUCUCGGUACCUAAUGGCAGUCAGGCUACCUCUAGCGAGCACAUGGAGGGCUGUGCGGCCCCCCAAAGAAAUGCCACCCCACACCAUGACUGACCCACUGCCAAACCGGUCAUGCUGGAGGAUAUUGCAGGCAGCAGAACGUUCUCCACGGCAUCUCCACACUCUUGUCACGUCUGUCACAUGUGCUCAGUGUGAACCUGCUUUCAUCUGUGAAGAGCACAGGGCGCCAGUGGCGAAUUUGCCAAUCUUGGUGUUCUCUGGCAAAUGCCAAACGUCCUGCACGGUGUUGGGCUGUAAGCACAACCCCCACCUGUGGACGACGGGCCCUCAUACCACCCUCAUGGAGUCUGUUUCUGACCGUUUGAGCAGACACAUGCACAUUUGUGGCCUGCUGGAGGUCAUUUUGCAGGGCUCUGGCAGUGUUCUUCCUGCUCCUCCUUGCACAAAGGCGGAGGUAGCGGUCCUGCUGCUGGGUUGUUGCCCUCCUACGGCCUCCUCCAUGUCUCGUGAUGUUACUGGCCUGUCUCAUGGUAGCGCCUCCUAACUUCCUAAUUGAUAGCGCCUCCUGCUUCCUAAGUGGACAGUUUGAUUUCCAGAAGUGUGAUUGACUUAGAGUUACAUUGUGUUGUUUAAGUGUUCCCUUUAUUUUUUUUGAGCAGUGUAUAUAGCAAACGCGUUGUGUGCUUCAAAUGGAUCCGUCCUCGUGCUGUGCACUCUGUGUGCAAUUUAAAGAAUAACUAUUACAUACAUUUAAUUGACACAUUGAACUCGGCACUGCUAGAUUUAGCUUCAAAAUAGCUAUUGUUAUUGAGAUGUUAUUGAAAUAAACACUGUUUUCAAAGUCUUGUUUGCUGCUAGGAUUUCUUUUAAGACAGGUGAGACUCUUAAGUGUUUUUGUGUUCCUGUGAAAUUCUCGGAAAACAUUAUUACCCGGUCAAUAAGAAAUUAUUUUAAAAAGGGCUUGAUCGGUUUUGGCCUUAGUAACCUCACUGUAAGCCAAACAGGAUAGAGGGAGAGUGUUUUGUAGAAUGUUUUUAAUAGAAAGGCCUUAAGGUUAAGAGUAUAAAAACAUUCUCCUUUACAAUUGUUGUGUGAAAUGUUCCUAUAAACAAUUUCACAGUGUUAGUUUCCUAUCCUGGGAUCACGAUGGAUGUUGUUUUUCCACAGUUCUCAGGUCAGCAGUGAAAUCAGUGUUAAUGUGUCCCAAAUGGCAACCUUGUCCCUAUAUAUAGUGCACUACAUUUGACCAGGGCCUCUAUGGGCUAUGGUAAAAAAAAUUGUACAUCCUAAAUUUACACAGGACUUCUAAGUUUCCCGAUGCCAAAUUGCUUUUAGUCGUAUAUAUUUACUCAGUCAUUGCGACAUUAUGUUCACCCGUAAAAAGUUUUUACAGGAAAGGGGGGUUAGGAGGGUGAAAAAAACAAUGAAAGCAAAUACCUACUAAUUACGGUCUUGUUCUGAAAACACUUAGCAGUUCCAUUGUGUGACACGAUUGGAAGAAUGAUAGCACUUGGCACAUGAUUCAAUGAAAGGGAGUUGCUUUGAGUCCUAAAGUAAAUUCAUCCCCAAAUGUUAUAAUAUACAAAUAAUAUUAUAUUACCUUAGGAGGCUGAAUAAUUUGUAAGAUGUCUAUUUGACUUCUAAAAGACUGCAAACAAAUGUUGCAUCGCUCUUCUUAGGGUGUAAUGUUAUUUACCAGGGUUGGGGUCAAUUCCAUUUCAAUUCAGAAUGUAAACUUACAUUGGGUAAAUUCAUUAGAAUUGAAUCACUUUUUGACAUCAUCACUUUUGAUUUAAAUAAAACUUCACAUAGGAAAUGGAAGAAGUGGUCAGAAUGUGGCUUUUUGAACCUGAAUGCCAAAACAUUCAGGACAUAAGUGC